AUGAAACUUUCCAGUUUUGAACAACUUGAAGACGUUAAAAAUAAUUACCAGCUAAGAAACAGGGGACCGAAUGUUAAUAAGAGAGGAAAGAAAGCUAAACAUUUAAAUAAACAGGUAAAAGCAAAUCAAAAUGAAUGUCCAAGUGCAAAGGUCGGUGAAUCUCCAGUUCAGUGUCAAGAGCCAAAAACCAUAGACAACAGGUCAGUGAAGGAAAGACUAGGCGUAUUAGUGAGAAAUUCUAUCGGGAAAAAACAUUCUAGGAAGAAAAGUUCAUUGGAAGAGAAAGAUGUCUCUGAUAUUCUCAGUCAAAAUUAUAGGCCAUCACUCAGUACUAGUCUUGCUUCUGAAACUCUGGUUCAGAGUGAAGAGUGUGUGCUUCCUUUCAUAUGCAAUGCCCUACAUGUAACAAAAAAAGGAGAGAAAUCUUUCAUAAAUAAUGAUUCUCUUCAAAAUGUUUGUCAAAUCAAAGAGAAGGAGGAAUGUGAUGAUAAUAAAUUUGAUAUUACUGCAACUUGUCUUAAUGAACUGUCUUUGCAAUUUGAUGAGCAUGAAGUUAAUUCUAGUGCAAUGGAUAUUCAUGACACACUUGUGGCUGCAGAUAAUGUGAAGGAGGAUGUGGAACUUGCUAAGAAAAGAAUGGGUCAAUAUGUGCGACAAAGGCUCGGACUACUCGUAGAAUCGCGUUCUAGAUUGUGCUCAAAGAGCACUGAUAAAGCCUUAACCUUGAAAGUUCCUAAUCCUGAGUGUGAAACUAGUGAUAAUAAUUGUAAAGUACUUAAGAGACAUCACAGAAAUCGAAGAAAAGUUGUUAAGUCGGUAGAGUUGGAGAUACCAAUUUCUGAAAAUGUAAAUGUAAGGAAUAGCCAAAAGACAUGUAACAACCCGCCUUUUAAAAAAUCUGAAAUGUUUUCUAGUUAUGGAAACAGCAAUGCUGUAAAUACUUGUACAGAAGAUGUCAACUCCUUUGAGAAAACCACUCUGUUAGAUAGCAAAUCUCCUAUAAAAGUUACAUCUGAAGGUGCAGUAUCGCCUAUUGUAAAUUCUGCCACCUUUGUCAACUCUUCAACAACAAGUUCUACUUCUUCACUGGAAAAUGAGUUGCAGACAGGCAGCAUACUUAUUCUGGAAGAGAAAGACCCAAAAGAAAGAAGCAAUAUGCCAGAUCCACAAUAUUCCCAGUCCGUGGAAGCUCUUUUAAAUUUGUAUUCUAUUCAGCGGUGCUACGUUAAGUUGCAGAAAUGUAAUCUGAAUGAAUGGAAGAAAGUGAAUACAUUUAAGUGCGAAGAUGAAAUAAACUCCUUUAAAAGUGCAAGAAAAAAAAUGUCUCUUAAUGUACAUGAUGAAAAUGUACUGAGCACUACAGAUGGACAAAGGAGUUCAGAGGAUGUUAAUGAAAAUGAAUUGAUUAAAAUAAAAAAAAAUGUUGACUCUUGCAGUUUUCAAAGUGUGUUACGUGCUAAUACAGCCCCAGAAUUAGCACGAUCAUUAUUUGACCACAGUAAAAAGCUUCACUGUUCAGAAUCGAACAUGAAAUGUGUGGUUCCUAACAGCCCAAAGUCUCACGAUAAAAGUAUUAGAAAAACUGGAGACCUGGGAAGUUUGAAGGCUGUUGUUCAGGCAGAAUCUCCGCGGGUGGCCGAUACUUUGGAUACACUACCUGAUAAUCCUGCACAAGCUAUUCGCCACUAUGCCCUAGGUGGUGGAACCUUCGUGGACCCAUCUGAAAAUCAGUCUGUUCGUUUGGUUGGAGAUUAUCUCAGAGACAGCAAUAUUGUUGAAGUAGCAAAAAUUCCCACUAUAUGUUACGCAGAGAAAGGAAGUGACAAAACAAGUGAAGAAAAUGAUCUGCCAAAUAUUAUUAACUCCUCAACAAAGGAGAAUAUUAUCAUUAAUAAAGAUGUUGAUCCUUUUAAAAGUUCUGAUUUUGAGUUCCUUACAUUUACUCGAGGCUGCCCUAGAAAAAGAUCUUUAAUGAGUGAUGAGAAUUAUCUGAAGAAAAGAGAAAAAAUUAAUGAAGUAAAUCCUUCCAAUAUUGCUAGUGUUACUCCUAAUUAUGUCAACUCACCAAUCUUGGGGUCUCAAGAAGUGAAUUUUGAAGGGAAAGGUGUAGAAUAUGUUUCAGAAAAUACUGGUAAAGAAGAAUUUGAAGAGAAUUCUAAACAUGAAUUUUUGAAUAAUGAAAAGCAGUGGACUAGUAAUAAUGUGAAAAGUCAAUGUCUAAAUAAGGAGUGUGCAGAGAAAGAUUAUACCAUAAUUUCCUCUGGAAUUCAGCGACCAGAUAUGACAGAAGAAAUGUCUUCCUUUUUUCUGUCUAAAGAUCAUGUGACCUGCCUUGAUAAACCACAAACUGAGUUUAUAAAGCAAAAAUUACUUCAGGUAACAAAUAAUGAAUUAGUUCACCAGAAAAUGCUCUGUAAGAAAAGGAGAUUGUCAGUUGUGCCAAAUAAUGCUUCUAAAGCAAAGUCACACUCUGUUUUAAGAUUACACAAGAAACUAAGUGCUGCCAAUAAGUAUCAGGCAAUCAAAUCAGUUCCCUUGAAACGUUCAAGAAGGUUAGCUACUCUAAAGAAAUCCCUUUCUGUUACACAGGCUGAAAAUAAAUGGUUAUCACCAACUUGUGCUAACCAUGAUACAAAGUGGAAUUCUUUUCUGUGGUCUAAAAGGAUUUCUUCUUCCCAUAAAAAUAUUUAUCACAACUUAUAUGAAGAUUUCAAGUCGAAACCCAAUGCAGUAGGAAAGAAAUUGACUGAUAAAAUUCAGUAA